AUGGCGCCGCCUCGAUUUCUUUCUGUCUUUCGCCAGCCCUUAUCUCAUACCAGGCCAUUAGCGGGAGGUCCUUCCUCAUCGCGUCUUUUGGCGGUUCUGACGCGCCUCCCCAGAGAACAUCAUGGCAUGUUGCCGUGGAUUGCUUGUCCACUCGAUAAAUCUCAAAGACUUCCCCAGUUGUAUCAUCAUCCAGAUGCGACACCGAUCGAACUCUUUUUCGAUUUGUUUUUUGUGGCCAAUUUAUCUACCUUCACAGCUACACAUGAGAUUAACAACGUCACACUAUUUGAUGUUCGCUUUGCUCGGGACUCCUUCUUUGAAAGGGUUUGCAAAGCCAUUCAGCUGGGGGCAAUGGUCGGCUUUGCAUCCGCUGGGUCUCGCUUCACUACGCGCGUCCGGGACGAGAAUGUCUGGGCAUUUCAAUCCCUCAGUCUCAUUCUAGCCGGAAGUCGAAUACUAUUGGCCGUUCAAUAUACGGUCAAUGUUGCUUUCAUUCACCCAUACAUGAAACCCGCUGCCCGGGGAGUAGCUUACACCGCUCUUGUGUUUUGGAUGACAACCAUCUUCUAUCUCGGGAUGUACUUUGCCUUUAGCCGAGGCAACGGCCUUCGUCCUCAAAUAUGGACCGUCUGGUUCGUCAUGUUCGGGUUUGAAAUGUGGACUGUUCUGGGUGUUUCCUGGCUCUUCCCAGAAAUUGGAUUCCAAGACACUCAUCUCAACAUCCGGAUGGGUCUUCUAACUCUCAUCAUUAUUGGAGAAGGUGUGAUUGCGGUGACUCGAAUUGUUAACAAGACGGUUCGGCCCGGGGGAUGGACCAAAUGGUCGUUUGUCCACAUUCUGGGGGUUACUACCAAUGUGUAUCUUCUUUGGCAGGUGUACUUUGAUGUCUCACCAUGGCAUCGAUAUGGGAGGCUCAAACAACAGAUCUGGGUUCAGCUACAUUUUCCGUUCCAUGUUGCACUGAUUCUCCUACUCGAGGGUUCCCAGAUCCUUGCCCUCACUUUGGAUGUGACACUUAAAUUGAGAUACCUCGAAGAAACACUACUUUUUGUAUGUGAGGAGCCGCGCCCCAGUACAGCUAUAGCUGUUGAACUCAUCCGAAGCACAAUCUCCGAUAUGGAGAUUCCGUUCAGUCGAGGCGCGACACAAGAGUGGACCGCCAUCUCGAGCCUUUUGGAAGACUUAUCUUUGCAGCCUCUAUGUCCUGACAUCACUGUCCUCGGCUACGCUUUCACCGAGGAUCUUUUCAGCGAUCUCAUGGGCAAUGUCACUGCAGCGCUUUUCUCAAGCAUGGAUAUAACCCCAUCCAAAAAAGUCAACAUCAGCUUCCUCAGUAGCCAGCAGUUGCUGCAGAUGUAUAUGAAGCUACUGGCAUUCGUGUAUAUAUAUUUUUUUGUCGUCGCCAGUAUAUCCAUGUGCAUCUUUGCCGCGUUCUUAGUACUCUCUCGGCGCCAUAAAAGCAGACUUUACCUUGGUCUCUCAAUGACCAUGCGUAUUCUACUUGCUGUUUCACUGGCUAGCCUUGUUUCCUUUUCCAGCCAUUUCCCACUGGCCUACACCUUUAUGACCUCGCCGGUCAUAUUAUACGCUUUCACAUUUACCCUCCUUGCUGGUCAGUUUCUGAUCGCCACCUUUGAGGAUUCUGAAACUGAUUGGUGCCAGUGCUCUUGGUUGACCGACUUUUGGACACUCUGGCAUCCCGACGAGAUGCAGCUGACCGACGGACACGGGAAACUAAAGCCGAGCUUCAGCGUCCCACAGCUACGCUGGGGGUGGCGGGUAUGGAUCCAGAUGCCGCUGUGGAGACUGUCACUGAUCAUUGUCUCCGAUCUCAUGUCAGGGAACCUGUCAAUGUUUAGCUUGCCUUUAGCUAAUUAUGGGAUCCUGCAAGUGUACUGUAUGAUCAGUGCAGAUUCCCUGUAA